CAUGGGAGCUAGAUGUGAAGAUGAUAUUUUGUGAUUUAUGUAUAAAAGAGAUUGAACUUGGAAAUCGACCGACAACUCACUUCAAUAAAGAGGGUUGGUUGAAUUUAAUGAAGAAUUUUAGUGAGAAAACUGGAAGAGAGUAUGACAAAGUGCAGUUAAAAAAUAAAUGGGACCAACUAAAGAAAGAUUGGAAAUUGUGGAAGGAUUUGAAGCGUGGGUCGACUGGAUUGGGUUGGGAUCCUAGGAGAAAGACUAUUGAUGCACCUGAUGAAUGGUGGAAAGAAAAACUAGAGGUUGUGCCAAAUGCCAAAAAAUUUAGAUAUUGUGGCAUUAAUCCUGAACUCGAACAUAAGCUUGAUUCGAUGUUCAUGGGUGUCGUUGCAACUGGUGUUCAUGCUUGGACUCCAAACCAAGGGAUUGACCAUGAAAAUGUUCAUGGAGAUACUGAAAAACUUGAUACUACUACUGAUUCUUUUGAAGAUCCUUCACAAAGUUUCGAUAGUAUUAGUGAGUGCAGCCAGUUCAAACGACCAUCCUCUACAACUUCAACCGGUAGUAGGAAAAAAAAAUUUGGAUCUGGUUUUCUACGAAGUCAAAUUACCCAGCUUGUCAAUUCAUGCACAAACAUCAGCUCUGGAACUAAUUCAUCACAGUCAAUAAUUGAGGCACCAUUGCUUUCUGCUGCCAUUAAAAUUCUAGAACAAACAACAGAAGCAUUUGAAGAUCUGCCACUUUAUCUGUUCUCCACAAAGCUUCUUGAAGAUCCAAUUAAACGAGAAGUUUUUAUGGCAAUUUGUCCAGAUCGAAGAGUUCAAUAUCUUCGUUACUGCUACGAAAAUCGUGAUACAACAACAGCAUAGUUUCAUAGAUCGUUAUAGUCAAGACCUUUGUAGUGCUUUUCUAGAAGUUUGUAUCUAGAAAUACAUAUGAUAGUCAAGACCUUUAUAGUGUCUUCAAUUUUGCAUUUAUAUUUGGGAGUCGGACUAUUUUGAAAUUGUUAGUUAUACAAACAAUUAUAAGUAUAUAUCCUGUUUGUUACCAUGUCUUCAAAUUAACAAUGCAUUCAGUUUGUUACAAUGUAUUCAGUUUUAGUGAAAUUAUGAAGCGUUAGUUUUCAUGAAAGGUGUUCUCUGGCAUUGCUUUUGCAGUUCAACGAAUGCAAUUAUCAGCUCAACUAAGACACAAUGGAAACAUAUUAUUUAAUACAAUUAUUUAAGUUUUUCUUUUGCAGUUCAACAAAUGCUUCAACAAAAAAUCUUUAAAUUUUUUUAUCUUUGGUUUUGAUUUUCUUAAUAUCAGUUUUUCAUUAUAAGAAUUAUAUAAAAGUGCUCUGGUUUUCAUUAUAUAAAACUGCUCUGAUUUUCGGACCUUCAUUCGGUCUUAUGGGAUGAAGUUCUGCAGCAAAGCAAUUAUGGUUAUUAGAACCGGAAGAGGAUUAUAUAUCCGAAACUGUUUGAAUUUAUAUAGUUUUUAUUAUGUUUUUGUUUCUGCACAGUAAAAAAAAAACCGGAGGUGAUGUAUAUCUGUAAUGCUCUGAUUAUAUCCAUAAUGCUCUGAUUAUGUUUUUGUUUCUGUAUGGUAACAAAAAAUACUGUUUGAAUUUAUGUUAUAUCAUCCAUAUUCUUUUUUCCCGAGCCCGAGCUUAGGCAUUAGCCAGUGCUUGUAUGCAUCUGAUGGUUACAGUAGCCUGUUUUCUAACCAAAUGCCCUCUCACCAAUGCUUGCAUCUGAGGUUUUUUUGUCAAACUGCUUGAUAAUUUUUUUUCAUUAACACUUGAUCAUUCAUAUUGUUAUAUUUAUGCAGGAAUGGAAUGUAGUGAGAAUGCAAGUGAGUCACCCGAUAUUGUAAAACUCAAAAAAGUUAUAAUUGCAGCUUUAUGUCUUAUAAAUGAAUAUUAUGAGACAUAUAUUCACAAGACGCCAUGUAUGACCUCGUCGUAUAGAGGAGACAGUUGGAUUGGAGAGCUACUACAAGGCCAUCAAACGAGGUUUCAUAAUAUGUUUCGUAUGUCUCAAACAAUUUUUGUAGAUCUUUUGUAUGACUUGGAAAAUGUUCAUGGUCUACAUGGAUCAUCAAGGACCACUACUAGAGAAGUACUUGCGAUAACCUUAUAUAUUUUAUCACAUAAUGAAUCAAUAAGGUCGACAUGUGAGCGAUUUCAACACUCUACCGAGACGAUUAGUAGGUAUUUCUCUAUUGGAUUGGAAGCUUUAGUGAAAUUAUCAAGUUUGAUUAUCAAGCCUAUAGAUCCUAGUUUUGAAAAUAUUCCAAGGAAGAUUUUGUAUGACAAUCGAUAUAUGCCAUAUUUCAAGGAUUGUAUAGGAGCUAUCGAUGGAACUCAUGUGGAUGCUCGUGUUUCAACUGCUGAAAAGGUGGCUUAUAUAGGACGAUGUGGUUCAACGACGCAAAAUGUUAUGGCAGUUUGUGACUUCAACAUGUGUUUUACUUUUGUAAUGUCAGGAUGGGAGGGUAGUGCACAUGAUAGUCGUAUUUUUAAAUUUGCUAUACGCAAUCAGCAACAUCAAUUUCCUAUGCCACCACCAAGUAAGUAUGUAUUUCUCUAUUGUAAUUAACCACCUUACUAAUUUUUUAACUAAAUAAUGUGCAAUUACAAACAGAUAAGUAUUAUCUUGUGGAUGCUGGGUACCCGAUGCAACGAGGGUUUUUGAAGCCAUUUUCUGAUACAAAGUAUCAUAUUCCUGAUUUUCAAAGAGGGAGUCAAAUUAUACGUGGAAGAAAAGAAACAUUUAACAAGCGUCACUCUUCACUACGAGGUGUGAUUGAGAGAUCAUUUGGUGUUUGGAAAAAGAAGUGGGUUAUAUUGCGUGAUAUGCCUACUUAUCCAUUUAAGAAGCA